CGGGGCGUUUUGCGGCAGUGUGUCGGCUGAUGGCGGCGAGCGGAGGGAUGCAGGCCCGGGUGGCCCAGCUGCUGGUCGGCGGCGGGCGCGGCGGGGGGAAGCCCGUGCUGAGGCCCAGUAGACCGCUGGUACUCGCCGACGAGGUGGCGAACCGACGGAGCCGUAUGGGCGAGGCAACAUGUCUAACGGAGAUGACGAUAAUGAUGGCGUGCUGGAAACAGAAUGAUUUCAGUGAGGUAGCCUGUGCCAAGGAGAUCCAGGCAUUCCACCAGUGUGCAGCCAAAGCAGAGGCUGAACGGAGAGCAAAAGCAAACAUGGAUGGUGUGACGCAGAUGGGAUUUCUGACACCUAAACAAGCCACAAAGUUGUUGCAGAGAUUUCCAAACAAAACACAUGUCACCUAGUAUUCCGCGGGGAACCACACUGGGAUCGGAAAGGCCUUUAUACUCUUGUCUUUUUGACAGGCUUGCACCCAAAGGCUAUUAGAUCUGGGAACUGCAUCAACAUUUUACCUUUUUCUUUGAACUAAUUGAUGAACAAGGUCUGGGCAUGUACCCAGCUGAGUCUGUUGGAUAUUUAAUGUAUAAAUAUUCAAGAAAGUGGGUCUUGUUGGAUAGAAGACAAAUUUAUUGUAAUAUGUGAAAUACAAGUUAAAUUAUUUUAAA